CUCUGUGGCCGAGGUAGAGCACCUCCCCUGUCCUCUCCCUCCUCCCCUCCCACCACUGCCCCCCAGUCAAUCCUCAGCCUCCUAACCUCCAGUCACUCCAGUCGCAUCAGCCCAAGACAGCCACCACCAAUGUGGGAGCCCCAGCAACCCUCUGUCAGGAUGGUCACCCGACUACUACUGCUAACCUCCGCACUCCUCUCCACCUGUCAAGCGGCGGAAUCUCCGGCAUUGUUCACAAGUGUCACCCUGACUCUCGAGCCCAGCAACGCCGUCUCCCAGGGUACCAACGUGACGGUACGCUGCCAGGCCUUGGUCAGCAGCUCUGGGUUCCUGAACCGUAAAUACACCAUCUACAAGGACAACACCGUGGUGUACACGGAGAGCAUCACCACCGCAGAGGACCUCAUCUACUCUCUCCGCAUGGCCAGAGUGGCCAACACUGGGAAGUACAAAUGCAAGGUGAACAUACCGGGCAAGGAGCUAAGCAGCAGCUCUGAGAAACUGACUGUGACAGGCCUGCAGACGCCAGUCCUCAGCGUCGACAAGCGCGUGUUCAGCGAGGGAGAGGAGGUGACCGUCGGGUGUAAGGCCCCUGGGGAGUCCGGCGUUAUCGUCUUCUACUUCUACAAGGACUCCAAGGAACUCUAUGAGGAGAGGGUCGACGCCAACCAUGUGGAGACUAGGCUGCGAUUCAACAACGCUGGCGACCACAGGCUACACUGUGACUACAGGGUCAUACUGCUGACAGACUCGGUCCCGUCCAAUGCCAGCAACAAUGUGGUGGUCACUGUAAAAGAGCUGUUCAUCGCACCUGUAAUCUCUGUCCGACCACACGGAUCAAUGAUCAUCGAAGGGGACAAUCUGGACAUCUCUUGCAGUGUCAGUGGUAACCUCCAGAACAGCUCUGGGCUCAAAGUCUUCCUGUCCAAGGGACCGACUCUGCUGAGUUCUGGUCAAAGUAAAGCCAACCACAGCAUGAGAGCACUGGCCGAGCACUCUGGGGAGUUUCAGUGCUCUCUGGAGGUGGGAAAUGUAGUCAAGCGAGCGACGGAAAACGUGAGGAUUACAGAACUGUUUUCCCAGCCAGUUCUGACCAUGUAUCCGACAGAGGUCUUUGAAAGGGAGAAAAUCACGUUAACCUGCAAGAGUACCAACUACUCCUCUGACAGAAUCAGCGCUUCGGAUGUGAAAUACUCCAUUUACAAGGACAAUUACACACUGACGCCAGGCAGCUUCAAUGGGAUAUACGUUGUCCCUGGGGUGGUACCGAACUCCAGUGGGAUUUAUUCAUGUAAAGCAGAUGCCAGGAUGAUCUCCAAGUACAGUGCAAAGCUGCCUGUCCAGGCAAAAGUUCUUGUCAGUAAACCGGAGAUAACGGCCAUUGGCAGAGUGAUCGUGGGAAAGCCCUUCCAGGUGCGCUGUCACUCAGACCGAGGCAGCCUACCCAUCGAGUACACCUUGUGGAAGAAGUAUUCUGAGGUUAACUCGACCACCGUGCAGCAGCCGCACCAUCAGGCCAUCUUCACUGUCACCGUCCAGCACUACAGCGACACGCAGGACUAUAAAUGCGAGGCGCGGAAUAACCCCAAAAUCGACACGGUGGUCAGCAACAAACUCAACACCACAGUCAUAGUGCCUCUGUCCAAUCCAGGACUCAGCGUCGUCCCAGACCUGCUGGAGGUCACCGAGGGAAAUGAGAUGUACCUGAUCUGUGGGGUGGAAGGUUCCCCGCCCGUCACCUUUAAGUGGUACCGACGUGGGAACGUCCAGCCGCUGUUCAUCACCACCUCAACCCAAUCCAGCGCGUCCCACCAGAUCAAGGGAGUGGGGAACGAGGACAGUGGCACCUACUACUGCGAGGCUAUCAACUACGCUAACAUGGUCCGGAGUCAGCCAGUCACCAUAGAUGUGAAAAUGGCAAUGUGGAAGAAAGGUUUGAUCGUGGCCUGCUGUCUGCUAGUGGUGGCUCUCCUAGCCCUCGCCUGCGUGCUGCGCUACAAUUCCAAGAGAGGUAAACGAGAAAACGCAGCUGAACUGUCAGUAAAGCCUUCGAGCCCUAAAUCAGAUGACUCUCUAACAGUGAGUCUUACCCACAGCACUAUGGAGGUUUAUAACCCGCCCGAAGUUGGAGUGGAUGCUGCUGUUAGUGUCUGGAGCGAGAGGCCAGUAGACCCAGGCAGUGACGGGGAGAGCAGUGCAGCGUCUAAUAAUGAGCCUGAUGUGGAGUACACGGAAGUGGUACACCGUCAACCAGUGGACCCUGCCAGAGCUCCCCUGAGAAAAGGCACAGAAACGGUGUACAGUGAAGUCCAGAACUCCCCAACAGGUGCACCUGGUGACCAUUAUGACUAUCAGGGUUCAGUGGAGUACGCCGAUCUCAACGGUGACCAACCGGAGGUCAACCAGGCCCUGCUGGAGGUCAAUCACCAGGACCACCAUGACCUCCCAGUGCCUGUGGAGUAAAGGUUACCUCUGAUCCCUCUCGGCCCCUCAUACUAGAACCACAAACUAAAUGAUCCCCACCUCUGCCCCCCGACAGUAACCACAGUCCUUAUUUCAAUAUUCUUCUUGUAUUCUGUACAUUUUCUCAAUAAGGAAAGUGGUUGACUCAUGUACGCUGUAGGUAUUUUUGCAUAAUUUUAUAGCCAAAUAAAAUCACAAAUCCUAAUUAGGACUUAGUUCUGUCAUACCUUGUAGACUCUUAUCUUUGUUUACCUUUACGUCUCAUGACCAUAGAGGGUGCUCCAGAGUUCAGUGGGCCUGGCCCCUCCCUCCAACACAGUUCCCUUUGAUGUCCUAAAUGGACAGCAUGACCGUUCCGCUCUCUGUCGUGAUGGCUAAAAAACAAAUCCCCCUUUUAGACUUCCGUUGCAGGGCAGUGUGAGUGGACUGAUAACCUCCCUACUGUCACUAGACUGGGUCCACACCCAAACCAGGGCACACUCCAGUAGGACCAUCCCUGAAUCACACUAUGGAAAUAACUAUGGGAGAAAAAAAGUGAAUGUAAACAGAGGACCUGCCCGUCUCCAGCUGCUCAUCCUGAUGGUAUAUGGUGUCUGUGAUGUCACAUCCUGCCAGGCUGUGUCCAAGUCUGUCGAAAGUUGGCGGGAGACAAGUGUCAGGCUUGAAGUGACUCAGACAUGCAGUGCUGCACAUCGUUUUAUAUAAAUAUAUAAUAAUAUAUGCCAUUUGGCAGACGCUUUUAUCCAAAGCGACUUACAGUCAUGUGUGCAUACAUUCUACGUAUGGGUGGUCCCGGGGAUCGAACCCACUACCCUGGCGUUACAAGCGCCAUGCUCUACCAACUGAGCUACAGAGACACAAUAUAUGACCUUCUUACUGCAGUUACUGUUUUUGUAAGAUCACACACAAAAUGAUCCAAGUAAAGUCAAGGUAAUGUUAAAACAUUUUUUUUAAAUAUCUAUCUUUCUAAACUUUUGAGUAUCGUAUAUUAGUUAUUAGCAAUACGUUAUAUUAAUAGACAAUGGUUACAAUCGUGCUGUAAAUUACAACGCCAUUGUAACCAAGGCAGUUAACCCGCUGUUCCUAGGCCGUCGUUGAAUAUAAGAAUUUGUUCUUAACUGACUUGCCUAGUUAAAUAAAGGUUAAAAAAAAAAUAUAUAUAUAUAGUAUAGGGGUCUAUCAUUAGUGUAAUAAUCAGUUUGGCCAGUAGAGCGCAUCAUCCUCUUAAAAAUACAGUGACGUUUGACCAAGAAUGUUUCUGCUGCCUUGUACUUCACACAAACAUUCGCUAUGGAGAGUUAUUGAUGUGUGGAUUCCGCCAUCUUGUGACUAAAAGUCGUAGGUGUCAGUUUCUAAUCAUAAGAGCGAUAAGGGCCCAUAUCUCCAGUUCUCAACAUAGUAGUGCUGAUCUAGGAUGUCCAUAAUGUGUCCAUUAUUCAUUAUGAUUCAAAAAGGUCAAACUGAUCCUAGGUCAGCCAGCACCCCUACUCUGAGACGCGUUUUAAAUACAGUCCCUGAUUCUGUUUUUGUUUUAUUUUCGAGACGAGACUCAUAUUCUAAUCAUAUAAAAAGGCUUAAAGUAACCCUAAAAUGUACAAAAUGCAAAUAGGUUGGUGGUUUUUGUGAAACUAUAAUAAAUGUAGGCCUAUGUCAUCUUAAACUCAGAGCACCUGCAGAGUAACUCUGUCUUAGAAAGAGAUAAACACCAUUUUCACACCUUAAAAACACGUUUAUACAACUGUGACAUCUUUGCAGCCCUCCUCCCCGCUGAGUGUUGCUUCCUCGAGUACGGUGCACAAUGUCUUUCCUGCGUUGUUUACGAACAUGUCAGCUAACACCGAGACACUCUCGUAAUCAUCUCUCGUAGUCUUGACAACAGGACCUCACGUCAAUUAUCUAAAUUGCAAUUUCCUCUCUUUGAUAACCUCAAGGCCAUUGGGAAACUGCAAUGGCAGCAUUGGCAUGGCAACCACAAAUUAAACUCUUCGUUCUAAGGGCAAUUUACAUAAUGUCCUCAUCGUGGUCAGAAGCCUGUUAAAGACUAAUUAAAGGACAUUACCAGAAUGGCCAUAACAUCGCUUGAGUGCUUCGAUAGUUGACCUGUGUUAAUGGAAUCAUGACGCUGCGAUUUUUGGAUGAAUACAUUUGGUUAAUUUGUGAGCGCCGUUUUUCACAUCUAAAAUGGGACGUAGAACAAUGUGUUUUGCUGGGUCAGACGAGAUGAGUGUAGCCUAUAACAUGAUAAUAUAACUGUUACGUCGCCAAAUAUCAUUGUUUUAUAGCGCAAACAUAUAGCAUCAUUGACUUAAUGACAUGGCAGGGGACAGGGUAAUCGAAAACAGUUGCAGUGCUCGAACACCCUUUCAUUUGCAUAUAAUUUGCAUAUUGACUUAUAGAUCAAAAUGAAACAAUAGGUAAGCAUCCUGCCACCCUUCACACCAAAUUCUAUUGUUUCUGCCCUGCAGGCACUGCGAGUGUUGCUAAUACUGGCGUGUGGUGAAUGGGCGUGGAGAGAAACCUUGUAUAUUUGUUUUGUCUAUUUGUCAAUACAGAGUAGCCUACUUGCUUACCGUGUUUUUGCAUUUAGUGGAAGUAGAUUGGGACUGACUGUGCGAACAGGGCGGGAAAAGAAUGACCAAUGACCGUAGUUGAGAUGAUGUGGACAAACCAAGUGUGAGCCGAGCAACUGUCAGAUCAGUUUGUCAGCCAGUCAGUCGCGUGACAGAUUAGAUGACUGUGAGAAGAGCUGGCGCCCUUUAAUGCGCUGUCAGUCAUGACACCUACUGGUGUUUGCACAUAAGCAGAGAAGUUGUGAAUUUGUGUUGCGCCUGUCUUCGUUUGGAAGGAAAACACAUCUAUGUGAACAGCAUUAUGGUGCCAAACAUUUAAAGAGUUCUAUUAUCUGAAAUGAAGCAAGGGAAUGCAAUUAAUCGGCCUAUCGUGCGCUGUAACUAAUAGACAGGUGUGAAUUACCUCUUAGAUCCAUGCACGUUAUUUCUUUGAAAUGUCGGUGAAAAGGAACUAUUGUCGUCUGGGUUCAAAAUACAUUAGUGGGCAAUAGCAAUGAAUACAAGACCUAAACAUUGGCUGAAACCUGUCUGAAAGAAGUACCCUGUCUGCCCUUGCCCAUAGGACAGUUCAAGAAUACCAGUUUGUCAGUGACAUCCUGGCAGUUAGAUUUGCACGUCCUUAUCUGGUCUAUUUGCAUUUAUUCAGCUCAACUGUUAAAAUGGACUUUGUGUAAGCUUUAUUUAACCUCAGCUGUCUUUAUUAAAUAUAUACUGAAAAUGCACAGUUUAUGACUGACUCGGUUGUCGAGUAUGUAUGUGUUUCAGAAUUGACCAAUACUGUGACUAGCUUUCAGUGCACCCAAGGACAACACAUAGCCAAUGGCUGCAGAGGUUUUCUUGCUAAUCACCAGCACACUGUUACAAUCAUGCCUUAAAGAUCACACGACAAUCCACAUCUAUUGGGAAAUAGCCAUGACAACUGGUUAUUCAACUUGCUCAGUGCACCGUCAGCAUUGUGAGAACCCUGAAUAGGGAAGGGAAAAAAAUUAUGAUGUGUGCUGAUGGCCUCUUAUUUGGGAUGAGCUGGCUCCUGUGGGAUGAGCUGGCUCCUGUGGGAUGAGCUGGCUCCUGUGACCUGACCUUUGCAGACUUUGUACUUCCUGAACACGUCACACAACACUUUACUCAUACCAGGUUGUUAUUAUGGCCAGCAAUGUUGUAAUUAAUUCAAUUCAACUCAACACGGUCAGUUUUGGGAAUGAAUAUACGUCAUUUCAUACAUGGUAUUUCCAUUCAGUCGCCCUGUAAUUUGAUGUUGUACAACAAAAAAUACAAUCGGGUAAUAAAUAAUAUAGUAUUAUAUUGUUUACAUUUACAGUAAGCUAGCAUAAAAUAUUUUACUCAAUAUUUGAUACUGUCAAUUGUAAACAUAUGUCUUAGACUUCAAAUCACAGUUUACUUGUUGUCUAUACAGAUUUGCAGAUGGUAUAGCAGGUGCAGCGAAGUGCUUGUGUUUCUUGCUCCAACAGUGCAGUAAUACCCCCCCCCCCGCACAAUGUCAAAG